AUGGGAGCUGAUGAGUGGAUAUCAGUGUAUUCCAACCCACUUCAAUUAAAAUCAGACUGUGUUAUUAUUUAUGGAAAAGAAGAACAUCUAAUACAAUUCAGUGUAGAUAGUGAAAAUAUUAUUAUUCGUUUGAACAACCAAACGUAUAAAAGUAAAAUUAACGCAUUGACUAUUACAAACAUAUAUUUUAGUAAAACUAAAAUCAAUAAAAAUAAUCUCAUUCAACUCACUAGUCCAACAGAUAUUAUCCCACUAUAUGACUCUGUUUGUAUACGAUUUAGAGAAGGAUAUCAAAUGGAAUAUUGGUAUUACUACCUCAAAGCCUGUCAAAAGGGAAGAAGAAAGUAUUAUACUGGUGAUGAGGCAUUUGUUUCAUUAUUCAAAGAAUUGAACAGACUAUCUUCACAAAAUUCUAAAGAAAGUUUUCCUUGGAUACAACUAUCAAAUUUCUUUAUCGGUAGGAUAUUUUACACUAAUGCACAAACACAAAAUAUUGUAGAUAAAAUCAAAGGCACAGUAACCCGUAAAUUACAAAGUCUGGUAUGCACAAUGAUUCCUUCCAUUAAAUGUACUGACUGUUCAUUAGGUUGUCGUGCCCCAUUGAUUAAGUCAAUCAUUUCUCAUAUUCCUAAAGAAACUGAUGGAAGAUUUUUAUUAGAUUUUGACGUUGUCUACAAUUCAUCAAAUUUUAUUGAAAUUUCAUUGUCCUUUGUUAUUCCUUACUUCCUUGAAGAACCUCUUCCAAUACGAAUUUUAGUAUCACUCCCACAACUUUCUGGAACCUGUCGUGCUGAUAUACCUGAUGUACCAUCGAGAAGCAUUUAUUUGUCUUUUCAUCAACUCCCCAAAUUCACUCUUAAAUAUCAAAUACAAAUCGGAAGGUAUUACUUUGUUCCAACAAAGGCUAUUGACUCUAUAAUCCAUUUUAUAGUUGAAAUGGUUAUUGUUAAAAAAAUGAUACUUCCAUCAUUAUUAAGAAUUCCAAUUCCACAAAUCAGUGAAAUAGCUCGGCCAACACAAUUUGAUACUUACAAUCCAUUUGUUGAUACAAAAUAUAAAUUACCAGACCUCCCUUGUAUGUCAGACAAUCUUAACACCUCUCCUUAUAUACCUGAUGUUUUAUAUACAGAAGAAAUAAAAAAAUCUGAUCUUGAAAAUAAAAAGUUUGAUAUUUUCAAGUUCAGUCGUCAAGUAGCAACAAAAUUUUUUGAUCUCGCUGUCAGUGGGGAAUUUAAAAAAGACUUCAGAUCAGAAAAAAAACUUGAGAAACAUCAAAAAAUCAUUCUUAAAGAACAACAAAAACAAGAAAAAAAAGAACUUAAAAGUUUUAAGAGAAGAGAAAAACGUCAUACUAUUCAAACUACAUUAGAAGAAUUAGAAAAAGUGAAUGAUGAUAUAAAAAAGAAUGAACAACUUGACAGUCCAAAAAUAAAUCUGUCAGUGAAUAAAGAAGAGUUAUUAUCAGCCAAAAGUGAUACUAUUUUAACAGAAAGAAAACAACAAUCUUUAAAUUUCCAACAAACAAUGGGAAGAAAAGAUGAAACACUAAUCGAAAAAGACAAAGUCGUAAAAAAAGAAUUAUCUGAACAAAAGAAAGAUAACUUAAUAACUCCAAAUGAAAAGGCAAAAUUAUCAACACAGAAAGAAUCACCAUCUUUCUGCUCUUUUGAAUUUAUGAAACAAAAAACCUUUACACCAAGAGAAGAAAGAGAUAAAUCAGAUAAUUUCUUCGUUCAUACUUUUCCAUUUCAAGAAGAAACCAAAAGUCAAGAAGGAACUCCAAAAAGAUGUGAUUCAUCUAAUGAACUUGAACGAGUAAGAAGUACGUCUCCUGUAGGAGAACCAGAACCUGAAGAGAAGAAAAAGAAAAAAACAAGCCUUAGUAUCAAAGAACGAAUUAUCAGUAGUUAUGCAAUACAAUCAGCAAUUCAUAGGGUACGACAUAGUUCAAAAACAGAAGAGAAAAAAGAAGAAAAAUAA